UGGGGCACCAGGUGGAUGCUGGGGGAAGGUGUGAGCGAUCACGUGCGGCGUCGCUCGUGUUUGACGCCUCGGGGUGAAACGCGGUCGUUUCGAGAUAACGACGUAGAAGCCGCCAACCGCCGCCGCCCUCUGCACGCUGUUAACGGUGGCGUUUGAGCAUAGAUAUUCCAACUGACAGUCCCUCCUCCGCACACCUUUAUAACCCCGUCGUUGAUCUUAGACACAGAGAGGCUGCGUCUCAUUGGCUGAUGGUUUUCCCUCCCUCUCGCUCUCUCUCCUCCCUCCUCCUCCAUUCUCCCUCAUAAUGAGUCUUUUAAAGAUCAUCAUUCAACCAUUUUCAUCAACCACCUCCUUCUCCUCCUCCUCCGCUCCCUCCUCCCUCACUAUCUGCCUCUCCUGGGAGGGAGGUGUGGCAAGGAUCAUGUAAAUAAAUCCCCCCUCCCCCCUUCCUCCUCUGUUUUUUACUCCCUUAACUCUCUCUCUCUCUCUUCCUACAUCGUUGGGUGAGGGGUUGAGGUGGUGUGGGAGUCGGGGGGGGUGAGGCAGCAUCCAUCUCCUCGCAGCCUUCAACCUUAAAAACUCGUGUGACAGCAGCUUAACCGGAGGCUAGACUUUCGUCACGCUCCCACAGCUCGCCACCAAUUCCCCUUCUACCCACCCCUCCUUCCCUCCUCCUCACCCCCUGAACGCCACACUCCUCCUCCCUCCCCCCCGCAACGCGACUCCUCUCCACUCACUCUGUAGCUUGUGAGACUGAAGGCAGCCUCGGUGCGUGGAGGGAAAGACAGAGAGAGAGAGAGAGAGGAGAGAGAGUGAGGCUUUCCCAGAAUAGAGAAGCAGGAGGAGGUGAGAGGGAUGAUGAUGGAAGCCAGCUUUGACACUGAGGAGAGUUUUGACGAUCCUUCCUGUCUCGCCCCGCAGCCCCCCGGCUCGGUUUCGCCAGCCAGGCGGCAGAUCAAGGAGGUCAAGGAGACCAAGAUCACUAUCAACUGUGUGACUUUCCCGCUGCCUGGAGAAGGUCCGGAGCAGCAGCUCCUGAAGCCCAACGAAUGGAGCUACUGCGAUUACUUCUGGACCGACAAGAAAGACCCCCAGGGGACCACCUCUGUGGCGGGCUUCGAGGUCCUUCUGCAGAAGCAGCUGAAGGGCAAACAGAUGCAGAAGGAGAUGGCUGAGUUUAUCCACGAGAGGAUAAAGAUUGAAGAAGAAUAUGCCAAGAAUCUCUCCAAGCUGUCUCUGAGCCCCCUGGCAGUACAGGAGGAAGGGACUCUCGGAGAAGCCUGGACUCAGCUGAAGAAGAGUCUUCACGAUGAGGCUGAAGUUCACCUGAAGUUCUCCAACAAGCUCCACUCUGAGGUGGAGAAACCCUUGCUGACGUUCAGGGGCGACAACUUCAAGAAGGACCUGAAAAAGUACGACCAUCACAUCGCCGACCUCAGGAAGCAGCUGGCGAGUCGCUACGCAGGUGUGGAGAAGGCUCGUAAAGCCCUGGCAGACAGACAGAAGGAUCUGGAGGUGAAGACCCAGCAGCUGGAGAUCAAACUCAGCAACAAGACGGAGGAGGACAUAAAGAAAGCCCGGCGGAAAUCCACACAAGCAGGAGACGACCUGAUGCGCUGCGUGGAUCUGUACAACCAGACCCAGUCCAAGUGGUUUGAGGAGAUGGUCACCACCAGCAUGGAGCUCGAGAAACUGGAGGUUGAACGUAUCGAGUGGAUUCAGCAGCACUUACGCCAGUACACGACUCUGAGGCACGAAACCGACAUGUUCAACCAGAGCAUGGUGGAGCCCGUCGACCAGCUGCUGCAGAACGUGGAUCCAGCCAAAGACCGAGAGCUGUGGGUGAAGGAGAACAAUACCGGCGAGGUUCGACCUGUGGAUAUGGACAUAUAGCUCGGCCAUCCUGCCUGCAGUACUUACACAUAAAACACACACACACACAUCCACAGAGUCCACCGGACGCUCUCCUCUAAUAACACUGAUCCAGGGUCAGUGCAUGGUCAGACUGCCGAAGGUCUGCUCAUCCUGCUCAGGUUCGUUAACUCAUCGCAGUCUGAGUGCAGGAAACAGUGACGGAUCAAAGUACCAGCAUGUUCCUUCGAGAAAAAAAAAAAACUAAAACAAAUGUUAACCCCUAUCAUAAUCGACAUUAGCUUAUUGAAUGCCAUUUAACUUACUCUGCUGUUUACCUGUUGUAAAGUUAAAAACUAUUAGAGAAAAAAAAAGAAUUAUAUGUAUUUUGGAUCGUUUAGCUUCAAUCGACACUUUUUCCAGUUUGAGUAAAACCAGACAAAACAAAACAACAACAAAAAAAACAGUCUAAUUACCGAUAUUACCUUUAUUUUAGAUACGGACACUGAAGCUUACUGAGAUCUUGAGAAUGAAUAUGAUAUAUUUUCAUAUUUUGCUGGUUCAUUUUGGUGGAAAUGCAUGUUUUUGAAUAUCUUGCUUUUUACUGUAAAUGGAGAGCUGCACAAUCUUUGUGGACCCAUUUAUUUUUUAUUUUUUAUUUUGUUGUUGUUGGUGUAGUUCAUUGCAAGGUAUUCUGCAUAUUGUAAACAACAGAAUCAACUCAAACACACACAAACAAACAACAACAGCGUGGUGGAUCGGACUUAUAGGCCAGGGUCUAUUUUGGAUCCGGAGGAAUAAAAAAAGAUUUAAAAAAAGGUGGUCCAAGUUACACUGAAACACCCUUUAGUGCCUAACGGUUAUAUACCUGGAAUGUCCUUGACAUAACUCUGCAUCAGUGUACAUUUGUACAUACAGGCUAGAUGUAUUUUGCUGUCAGAUGUUUAAACGGGGGUUUUUUGGUGGUGGGGGGGGGGGGGGGGGGGGAGCAGAUGAGAUGUUUGUACUGUACAAUGUUGUUUUUUUGUUUUUAUUUUACAGAGAAUAUCUUUACGAUGGCGGUCGAGGGUUUUAAAAAAAAGAGAAAAGAGUGCGAACAUGCAGCGUAAUAAUUACACAUUUUACCAGAGACUGCAUGUACAGUGUGUGUCUGUGUUUACAUGUACGUGUCUUUUGUCUUCUGAUUCAUUUCGGGGGUUGUUAUGUUGUUUUUAAAUCAGAAAUAAAAAUCCUAAUCCAGCUGCCCGGCACGAAGAGAAAAAGAUCUGCUAUGAAAAAAUACACAAACGCUCGCCUGCCUUAUCAGCGGCAUCGAUAAAGUGCAUUACAUUCUUCAUAUUUGUGUUCAAUAACCUUUUAUUUUAAUGCUUUAAACCCCCAAAAAGGCUAAAAUAUCAGGUUUUUUUUAAUCGGUGUGUCAAUGUUGUGCACUAAAUGUAACGAGUUAUUAUGUUAACGACUAAAUGUGUUUUUUCGACGGUUUCACGAUGACGUAACGGUUCAGUUUUACCGCCCGUCUGUGGUUAACAUUUUCAUGAACGUGCAUUAAAUCCGAUGUUUCCCCCCUCCAUGUUUUUGAGAAUGUUUUGAUCAUAGGUGACCUCUGUCCAGACGGUGUGCUGUGGAAUGCAGUGUCCAAAAUAAAUCUCCUCUUUGAAAAUUUAA